CCGUGGCGCAUUAAAGGAUGACGAACGCAUUUCCCGCGAUGACGUCACACCCAGGACACACCGGAGGACACAUUAUAAUCAUCAGCCUAUCUUCGACGCGGUGGUGGUUCGCCUUCCUCCGCCUCCCUCCGAGCUCCACCACCUUCCGCACCAGCUCGUCGGAGCUUCCGUCUUCCCCUCCAAAGGGACCGGGGAAUCGCGAGGGUUUUGAAGCCGCGGCGGUGAGCAGUCCGAGGGGCGGCGGCGGCGGCGGAUUGUUUUUGUCGGGAGCGAUGAAUACCAGAAGGGACGUUCGUGCCAAUAGAGCUGCUCUCUUUGAUGGCAUUGAAGAAGGUGGCAUUAGGGCAUCAUCUUCUUACUCUUCUCAUGAGAUUAAUGAGCAUGAGAAUGAAAGAGCAAUGGAUGGCUUGCAGGAUAGAGUCAUUCUGCUGAAGAGAUUGUCUGGUGAUAUAAAUGAAGAAGUGGAGACCCAUAACCGCUUGUUGGAUAGAAUGGGCAAUGAGAUGGAUUCUUCCAGGGGAGUUCUGUCGGGAACGAUGGAUCGUUUUAAAAUGGUGUUUGAGACGAAAUCAAGCCGGAGAAUGCUUUCUCUUGUUGCAUCAUUCGUGGUGAUUUUCCUAGUCGUGUACUAUCUCACUAGGUAAUGGGUCGCAAUACGUUGAAGGCUUAAAGCUGCUAGAGAUUAAAACUUUGGGGGGUUGCUGUGAACACCUUACUUUAAGUAAAUACUCUUUGGCUUGUAAGUUCGUGGUCCUCUGUUUAAAGAUCUCUGGAUGUGCUUGAACUGUUUUCAAAGGCUUCGACGUGGAGUGGUAAUAAUAGUAGUAUAGUACCAGCCUGACUAAUCUGCAACAUCUUUUCCUUCACAAUCUAUAUAUCAAUAUGUAAAUGAAUGUCUGUACAUUGGUUUGGA